AUGAAUAAUUUGAAAGGUCUUCUUAGAAUUCGGAUAAAAAGAGGUGUGAAUCUUGCGGUUCGUGAUAUCAAUACCAGUGAUCCGUAUAUCAUCAUUAGGAUGGGUAAACAGAAGGUGAAGACUCGUAUCAUAGAGAGGGAUGUCAACCCUGUGUGGAAUGAAGACCUGACUAUUUUCGUUUAUAAUACCGAACUUCCAAUAAAGCUGGAAGUCUAUGACCACGACUUUUUUAGCACGGAUGAUAAGAUGGGAGACGCGGAAUUUGACAUACAACCAUUUUUGGAGGGACUAAAGAUGAACCUAAAGAGCGUGCCAAGCGGCACCGUUAUAACUCGGAUAAAACCAAGCAAGUCAAACUGGUUGGCUGAAGAGAGUUGCAUAACAUGGAGAGAUAAUGUUGUUGUUCAAGAUUUGUGCCUGAGAUUGCGAAAUGUUGAAUGUGGUGAAGUCGAAAUUGAGCUCCAUUGGAUUGAUGUUCCGGGUUGCAAAUUGGCUUAG